AUGUCCAUUGACGAGCGUCCAAUUCCUUUCCAAUAUCAAUUCUAUGCCGGUGCCAUUGCCGGCAUCUCUGAAAUCCUGACAAUGUAUCCAUUGGACGUUGUGAAAACGAGGAUCCAGCUCCAGGUGGGGUCUGGGUCAAGUGGCGAAUAUAAGGGGGUUGUGGAUUGUUUCACAAAGAUUGUCAAAAAUGAGGGUCCAGCCACUCUAUACAGGGGAAUUUCAGCUCCAAUUCUAAUGGAAGCACCUAAACGUGCCAUUAAAUUUGCAGCUAAUGAUGAAUGGGGGAAAUUUUGGAAAAAUGUCUUUGGAGUUGAAAAAUUAAAUCAAAGUUUGGCAAUUUUGAAUGGUGCUUGUGCAGGUGCAACCGAGUCGUUUGUUGUUGUCCCCUUUGAGUUGGUGAAGAUCCGGUUACAGGAUAAGUCCAAGGCGUCCAUGUAUAGCGGUCCCAUUGAUGUUCUAAUGAAGACAGUCAAAAAUGAAGGUAUCUUGGCCUUGUAUAACGGAUUAGAGGCAACACUGUGGAGACAUAUUGUAUGGAAUGCCGGCUAUUUUGGUGUGAUUUUCCAAGUUCGUGACAUGUUACCCAAGGCAAAGGACAAGACCCAGAAAACCAUCAACGAUUUGGUGGGUGGUAUGAUUGGUGGUAUCGUUGGUACUGCCUUGAACAUUCCAUUCGAUGUUGUCAAAUCCAGAAUCCAAAGUGCAACCAUUGUGGAAGGUCAGGUCCGUAAAUACAAUUGGACUUGGCCCUCUCUUGGCAUUGUCUUGAGGGAAGAAGGUGUCUCUGCAUUGUAUAAAGGAUUCCUUCCAAAAGUCCUGAGAUUGGGUCCAGGUGGUGGUAUUCUACUUGUUGUCUUCACAAACUGUAUGGACUUCUUUAGAGGCCAAUACUAUGGAGACAAGAAAUAG